AUGGUCGCUAUUGUGAAUCGUUUGGUGGACAAAAUGACGUUUUCGUCAGACGACAAGGUCGUCCCCAACCAGGUCUCAUUCUCCGAGGUAGAUUCGACGGAGGAGAUCCACCGCCGUCGUGGGUCUGUUACAGAAAAGAAGAACGUUGAUGAAGGUUCCCAGAGAGAAUUAAUAGCUACAAGUUCGUGCACAGAUGACGAUACUCUACCUUCAAUCGCACAUCCUAUGGAAAAACGUAUCUUGAAGAAGAUGGAUAUGUAUCUGAUACCGCUUAUGGGAGCGUUGUAUUUUCUGUCUAACUUGGAUAAGUCCAACAUUGGUAACGCUGAAGUUGCAGGGCUGUCAAAGGACUUGGAACUGAAGGGGAAAGAAUACAACGUCUGUGUUACUGUAUUCUUCGGGACGUACAUUCUGUUCGACCCUAUCGGAGCCAACCUCUUGAAGAUCAUGGGCCCACCCAUGAUGAUGUCUCUCUGUCUGCUUUCGUUUGGUGCUAUAUCCCUGUGUACCGCUUGGGUUAAGAACUACCCACAACUUUUGGUGGUGCGGUUGCUGUUGGGUGCAUUCGAAGGUAUGAUCUACCCUGCCAUUAACAUGUACCUCUCCGUGCUAUACAGAAGAGAACAGUACGCAAUGAGGUUUGCUUUCAUCUUUAGUGCGGCGUGUCUGUCGUCGUCGUUCGGUGGGUUGAUAUCGUAUGGUUGCUCUAAGAUUAACGGCAGUUUAAAUGCGUGGCAGUACAUUUACAUCGUUGAAGGUGCUAUCUCCAUCGGGUUUGUGCCAUUUUAUGUCUUCGGAUUAAGCAAUAAAUUGGAGGACACCUGGUGCUUUACCAAGGAGGAAAAAGAAUACAUCGUGGAAAGAUACAAGACGAUGAGCACUUUCAACCCAGAUGAAAAGUUUGAAUGGUUCCAGGUGAAACUAGCGCUAAAAGAUAUAAAGACAUGGGUUUCGGCGGUCGCACUUUUCGGUAUUGACUUGACUACCUUCGGUCUAACCGUGUUCCUCCCCAUUAUCAUUACGUCAAUGGGAUUCACCAAUGUAAGAGCCCAAUUAAUGACAGUGCCAGUAUACUUCCUUACUGCCAUUACCUUUUUCAUUUGUGCCGUGUGGUCAGAUAGAAUCAGACUUAGAUCGCCGUUUAUCAUGGGGGCAUGUUUGACCACAUGUAUCGGUAUUUCCAUUGUUUUGGGUUCACAAAAACAUGCGGUGAGAUACUUUGGUGUCUACAUCCUUUGUAUGGGAAUUUACGUUAACGCGGCGGUCAACUGUUUGUGGCUGAGCGGUAAUAACGGGAACUAUUUUAAAAGGGCCACCGCCCUUGGGGUCAACCUAUUUUUGGGUUCCGGAUCAGGGCUGGUCUCUGGUCAGAUCUUUCUAAAGGGAGAUAAACCAAGGUACAUCAAAGGUCUUUCAAUUUCACUCGCCUUCCAAUUUUCCUCUUUGGUUUUGACGUUUGUUCAAUUUCUACUUUACAGGAGAGAAAACAUCAAGAAGCAAAAAAUUAUCGACCGUUGCAGAGAAUUGGACCAGCCAAUACCUUACAACGAGAGGUUGAGUGACCUAAAUCCAGAAUUUAAGUACAUGUAUUGA